AUGCUCGAUGGAUCGAGCCCCCAGGCUGGAAAGAUUUGGAAGAAGGUCCACCUAACCUUCCUAUUUGAUGGCAAACGCAUGACGGAAACCUUCCUGAUUUGCAAUACUGGAUCACACGCUGCCAUCCUAGGAAUUAAAUGGUUAGAGAAUCAUAAUCCCGAAAUCGAUUGGAACUCGCGCACCCUCUCAUUCCCUCACACGCCCCCGGAACACAUAGCCAUUGCUGAAGAGGAGGAAGCUGACAAGACACCCCUUGAAGGAGUACCCUCCAAGGACAAGCUCAAGGCUGGGAAAUCCGACCCAGUAAAUCACCAAUCAGCUCCCGGUUAUGUUCGUGCCCAAAAAGGAUGGUUCCUGUUGACUCGUAGUAGACUAUCGUCGCCUGAACAACUGGACAAAGAAGAACGUUUACCCGCUACCCGUCCAGAUGACCUCAUGGCCCAGCUUUGCGGUGCCAAGGUCUUCACCAAGCUAGACCUAAGAUGGGGUUACAAUAACGAUGACGCAACCCAUACCCAGCACGUCCAUGAAGUCCUACGACGCUUAAUGGAGAACCAAUUGUUCUGUAAGGCAUCCAAGUGUACAUUCCACGUCACAUCAGUGGAGUAUUUAGGAAUAAUUGUAUUGGAUAAGGGAUUCAGCCUGGAUAAGCUCAAAAUCCAGGCAGUCCAAGAAUGGCCUACGCCCACCAAAGUCAAGGAAGUACAAUCGUUCCUAGGCUUUGCCAAUUUCCUGCGCCGCUUUGUUGCCAAUUUUAGUCACAUAGCCCGGCCACUGCACAACCUGGGAACAGGAAGCCUUCCAAACUUGAAGGAUGCCAUCACUAGUGCCCCGGUACUCUGCCAUGCCAACCCUGCCAAACCAUACUUUCUCGAAACAGAUGCCUCUGGCGCAGCACUGGGCUCUAUACUAAGCCAACGCCAAGAGGAUGGUCGCCUACAUCCCCUAGGUUUCUUGUCAGAAUCAUUCAAAGGUGCCAAACAGAACUACAACACCCACAACAAGGAACUCCUUGCGAUCAUCCGCUCCUUUGAAUAUUGGCGAAUCUUCCUGGAAGGAACGGUCCACCCCAUAACGGUAUUCACCAAUCACAGGAACUUAGAGUACUGGAAAGAAUCCCAAACCUUCAACCGUCGUCAUGCAAGGUGGCACCUUUUACUAGCUGGCUACAAUUUCCAAAUAGUCUAUUGCCCUGGCAAGCAGUCUGGCAAACCAGAUGCCCUGUCCCGCCGCGCCGACCACGCCAAUAUUCCGCCUGCCGACCAAACAAUGCUGCCCGACCCCGUCUUUGCCAACUUGGCACUAGUUCUACCAGAAAAAGAGCUACAAAGGCGUAUCAAGUCAAGCCUGGACCAGGACGAGUCCCUGGAAGAGAUUCUCCAAUUCUUACAAAACAAGUCCAAGGCACCACCCUCCAUCAAACGCGCGUUCAAGGAUUAUGAAAUGGAGGCUGGACUGUUGUUUUAUCAAGGACGGAUUGUAGUACCGGACGUAGGGACCUUGAGGACGGAUCUGCUCAAUAUCUUCCACGAUAGUCCGUUGGCGGGCCAUCCAGGCAGACAAAGGACUCUAGAACUAGUAUCCAGAACUUACUACUGGCCCGGCAUCCGUGCAGAUACAUACUGGCACGUUGACUCAUGUGAAACCUGUCAACGGAUUCGGAAACCCAAGUACGCGUCGAUCCCGCCUCAGCCUUUAGAACUCCCAUCACGCCCGUGGCAACAUGUGUCAUACGACAUGAUAGUAGACCUACCCAAAGACGGAAACUGUGAUUCUAUCCUGGUCAUUGUGGAUAGUUUUACUAAGUAUGUGAUCCUAGUAGAGUGCUCCAAGAAGCUCAAGGCCCCGGAACUUGCAGAUCUAUUUCUACGCCAUGUGUGGAAGCAUUACGGCAUGCCGGAGAAGACAAUAUCAGACCGCGGACGGGUUUUUAAUAACAAAUUCCUGAAGGCGCUGUACCAACGCCUGGGGAUAGACCCCCACUUCUCUUUGGCCUACCAUCCUCAAAGCAACGGGCAAACAGAACGCGUGAACCCCACGGUGGAACACUUUUUACGGGCGUACUCAGGGGUAAACCAGAAAGACUGGGUCAAGUGGCUACCAAUGGCGGAAUUUGCCUACAACAACGCGGUACACAGCUCAACAGGCAAAUCUCCCUUCAAAGCACUUUACGGCUGGGAACCUUCCUUGACUCCAAGUAACGUCCCAACGGAUGUCCCCAAGGCAGAUAAUCUGGCAACUCAAAUGGAGGAACAAUGGCGGGAAAUAGAGGCGGCACUCCGGCAAUCAAAGACACGCAUGGUAGCCGGAGAAGCAGGCCCCUUCAAGGUAACCGAGAAAAUCUCCGACAGGGCUUACCGCUUGGAACUUCCGCCAACCAUGCGGAUCCAUAACGUUUUCUAUGUGGGACUCUUAUCUAAGUCACCGUGGACGGGGAAGGAAUACAAAGUGGAAGGGAUAACGGACAUGGAAGAACGGAACGGAAAAUGGUUCUUCAGAGUCAAAUGGAAGGGCUACGGACCAGAAGAUAACACGUGGGAGCCCCAGGAGAACCUCAAAAAUGCGGGGAAAAUUUUGAAAAAAUACAAAGAAGAAAUGAGAAAGAAGGCCCUCGGCGCUGCCAAGGCCCUUAGAGGGGGGGCAGUGUCGUAG